CUCCCACUGCGCCUGCGCCCCGCCGACACACCAACAGAGUCGCUAUUGUUAGCCGAGGAGCAGCCAGCCGGGCCAAGGGGGGGUUGUGUCAGAGUUUAUCCCACACUCACCGUCUCACCUGCCGAAUCUUUUCACCGUCGAAGAGCAGCCCGGGGUCGUGGGGACGACGAGGAAAGGAAGGAAGGAAGGAAAGAAGGAAGUGAAUACAGACCGCUCCACCGUUGUGGCUCGGGACUCAACAGGUACUUCAAUGUUCUAGCAGCGGCUCGGACAUUCUUCUUUUUUUUUUUUGUUUUGCUUUUACACGAAGGAAAAGAGACUAACAAACAACAGAAACGAUGCCGUUGGGACCGUGGAGGAAGAAGAACAAGUCGACGAAGGAGCAUCUGGUGGAGAACGAGGAGGUCGGGCCGGCAGGUGCCGCCGGCAGCCUGAGCAAAUCCGCCGUGAACGGCGCGGGACUGCCGCCGCCACCUGCCAACCUGCGGCCCAAGCUCGUGUUCCACACGCAGCUGGCGCACGGGAGCCCCACCGGCAGGAUCGAGGGCUUCACCAACGUCAAGGAGCUCUACUCCAAGAUAGCGGAGGCGUUCACCAUCAGUCCGCCGGAGAUCCUGUUCUGCACCCUGAACACCCACAAGAUCGACAUGGACAAGCUGCUGGGGGGCCAGAUCGGCCUGGAGGAUUUCAUAUUCGCCCACAUCAGAGGGAUCAAGAAGGAGGUGGAAGUCUACAAAACUGAAGACGCUCUCGGCCUCACCAUCACCGACAACGGCGCGGGCUACGCUUUCAUAAAGCGCAUCAAAGAGGGCAGCGUUGUGGACGGGGUGAAGGUGAUCUGCGUGGGCGACCACAUAGAGUGCAUCAACGGACACAACAUUGUCGGGACGCGGCACUACGAGGUCGCCCGCAUGCUCAAAGAGCUGCCCAGAGACAAAACCUUCACGCUCAAACUGGUGGAGCCGAUGAAGGCCUUUGAAAUGCUCGAGCCCAGGUCAAAGGGGGCCAAACCUGCCAGUGACAACAAGAUCGGCACAGGGAGGGGGACCCUGAGGCUUCGCGCCAAGGGCCCGGCCACUGUGGAGGAGGAGCCGACGGAGUUUGAGGAGAAGGCGGUGAAGAAGGUGGACGACCUGCUGGAGAGCUACAUGGGCAUCAGAGACACUGAACUCGCCGCCACAAUGGUCGAGGUCGGCCGCGACAAGAAGAACCCGGAUGAAUUCGCCAUGGCGUUAGACGAGACCCUCGGGGACUUCGCUUUUCCCGACGAGUUUGUCUUUGAUGUGUGGGGAGCCAUCGGCGACGCCAAGCAGGGAAGAUUCUAGGUUUUGCUCCUGCCUCCCAAACAAACACACACACUCACACACACAAACACAAUCCCUCCUCCCCUAACCGCCCUCCUCCUGUCCUCCAGAAGCCAACUGGACAAACUUCAACCAGUUCAACCAGGGGGGUGGAUAAAGUGUUCCUACUGUACCGUCACUUUGUUGUUAGGCGUAGCUUUGCACUUGGCGGGGGGGAAGUCUCCAAGUGUCGACUUCAGCGACGUCAGAGGUUUCGGCGUAAUCUCGUAGAAGAUUUCGACGACAUGCGGAGUCUCCAGUUCCAGAUGUUGUGUAAACCUUUUUGUCGGGGCCGGGAUAGCUCCAACUGCAUCCUGAGAAGCUUCACGAUGCCGCUCCUCCUCAGGCAGAAGAGCGAAGCGAGUCCACAGUGGUCGAUUACACUGGUCAGAAAAUGGUACGUGCACAACCUGUAUUGUAAAAACAAUCACUGUUUGAAUCGCUCUUUACAGCUGUGUGUCACUCGGAGCAUACAGAUGUCACAGCUUUUUAUAGGCUUUUUUUUAAUAUAUAUAUAUAUGUGAAAAUGCUGCUGAUUUUAUAGCAGCAGUGUUUUGUAAUUCUAGUGAUUUGUAGCAAUGUUUUAUUUUUAUUUCCCUCCCAUCUUUUAAAAUCUUUUUAGAUGAUGUCAUGGUAAAAAAAAUAUCAUGUUCGUCUUGUGAUUUUAAUUUUUCCUUGUGCCCUGAAACAUCUUCGGCAUGAUCCUUGCGUCCAUCUUGUCAGAGACACACAUUCCUUAUGUUUCUCAUAGUCUGUCACUUUUAACAUGUCAUGAACUGAGGCAUAUUUAGAGAAGCACGCUUAUUAUAAUUUUUUUUUCUUCCUGUAAUUUAUUUUGUCAUGAAAAAUCAUAAUGCUGUAUAAGACCUUUUAUACGCGGAGGCCAUUUUGAAGGCCGUGUCUGGAGAUGGGAUCGACUGCAAUCCGAUGUUCUUAAAACUGUUGUAACUGCAACUAUUCAAAAUCACCGUCAAACUGAUUUUAAAUAGUGACGCGAUUAGUGUCGUGUGCCGAUGUUCAACCGUUCACGGCGGUCGCGUGUUGUUUGACAAAAAAACGAUAAGGGAUCAAUAUUGUUGAUAGACAAUAAAAUUUGAUAGUUAUAA